GCUGCUAACACAGUAACUAGGGUAAGGCGUGAGAGGUGCAGAUAAAAUGCUGCCGCUCUGGGUUUUGGUUUGGAAUCCAGUAACAGAGCGGCUAUGCCAGGCAUUUCAGCACGGACAUCUGACUGGACCAGCUGUCACGCAGAUAUCAUAUCCGGAAGACUUGAAUCACAAGGUGUUUUAGGACUUUGACCACCAGGAAUUGCUGUGUCUUGUAAGAGAUGCUCCUAAACCACGAGUAAGACGGAAAGACAGAAAUGGUGACAACUUCUUCUUCUUUUCAGCUGUUGUUUAAAAGAAUACAAUGGAGGUUUUUGGCCUGAGGAGGACCCAGUCCUUGAAGAGUCUUUCUGGGACUCACGAAAAGUCAUGGGUCAAUGCAGUUUCCCCCGGCUGGAAGAGAAAGUCUGUCUCUCAACUGGUGCAACAUUACCAAAGCUGCUCUGACCUAAGGAGUCCUGAAAGAGCAGAGCAGAAUCUUGAGCUGUCAGAAAGCUGGGUGGAUGGCGGAUGGAGACGAGAGGACAGCAGAGAGAAUGUGGUCCUCUGGGGCUCAGGAAGGCGCUCUAAUCUUUCCAGGAGUCGCUCCAUGGAAUUCCUUCCUCAGAAGGAGGCUACGGGCACCAAAGCCCUGUGUGCCCUGUUCGAGUCCAAAGCUACCCUGCAGCAGGGCUUCAGCAGCAACCCUCGGCUGAACAUGACGUCUGAAGCUGACAAUGUCACAGUGAGAGACUACCCUCUGCAGGACAGGAGAAGUCAUAACACUUUUCUUAAGAACACGGCUACACAGAAAGCCACUCAAGUGGGCGGAAGCAGGGCUGUGAAUGGGCUUCCAGAGUUUCAUGACAGAGCACGCAGACACUUGCCUGAGGACAAAUACAGUUCUUCACUGACUAAAGGGGGCACCCCAACAAGACAAACCAGAGACAGAACAUCUACUUCCUUCUCAGUGAGAGACAGAUCAACUCUCUAUCUGUCAAGAACAGCAGCCACUGACACCACAGGAGGCCCAACACAACCAGAAUUCAUUGGUACACUAGGAAAAAGGGCGAAAAACAGUAAGAUGGCUGACCAGACCAGAAAAGUCACAGUUUUACAAUCAUCUCCUGAGGAAGAUGACUUGCCCCUCCCCCCACCUCCCCCUGUACCACCUAGACCUUUCGACUACGAAGGGCCUUCAUCGUUAAGUAGCCUUCCCGUGCCUCCACCUAAAGAAACCUUCUCCACAUUCUACCAGCAACGGCAGAAAAAUGAGCUGAAGAGGCUCUUUAAACACAUCCACCCAGACUUACGGGCAAGUCUCGAUGACGCAGUGGAUGAUGAGAUCAUGAAGGCAGUGCAGUCAGAAAACACUCAGGCAGCAGAUGCAGCUUAUCAGGGGGAAGUGCAAUCCAUGAGAUGGAUCUUUGAGAACUGGACUCUGGACAGUAUUGGAGAUCCUCAUUCAACCAAAAAGCUGGUGGAUAAUGAGGAGUUAAAGGGUGGAGAUGUAAGAAGCACCUCCUCGAUGUUUGAACAUAUUGACAGCACCCAACUACAGUCUGCCAAAAGGCAGAUUUCUGUCAGGGGGGAUGUGAGAACAUCAAUGUGGUUGUUUGAGACCCAGCCCUUGGAUUCCUUAAGUAGAUCCGUAAAUGAAGAGGGUGAACUAGUUGAGGCAGUGCUGAAAGAACCCGUACAGCCUGGGGAUGUAAGAGGGACUCGUCUGCUUUUUGAGUCUAAAGCACUGAGUGACUUGGGGCGCUGCAACUCCAUUGAAGAUCAUAGUUUCCUGAAACUGAGAUCUGAGCUUCAGGAGCUGAAAGGUGAUGUCCAAAAGACCGUGAAACUGUUUCAGGCAGAACCUUGCUGUGCUAUCAGAGACAACAGUGGCAAUAUGUAUGAGAUUAAAUCCAUCUGCAGGGAGGAGAUCGACAGUAGUGGCUUUUGCACUGCCCGCUGGCUUUUUGAAACCCAGCCUUUGGACCUGAUCAGUAAGGGAACUGAUGUCGUGAAAAUAAUUCGGGGCAUAUCGCUAGAGGAGGGUCAACGAGGAGGUGUUGACCGGAAGAGGUGGAUGUUUGAAACUGAGUCAUUUGACAGAAUACCAGAAGUUGUAGGAGAGAACACAUUUGAAGGAGCCAUCGCUGAGUGCACAGGAGAGGUUGAUGUCGUCAACAAGAAGAAAUUCUUUGAAAUGAAACCACUGGCAGCAGGAAACAUGGCAGAAAAGUCUUUGGAAAAAGAAGACGUAAUUGGGGGAGAUGUCAAGACCUCCCUUUGGCUGUUUGAAACGCAGCCCAUGGAGACGCUUAGUGAUAGCUAUGAAGUUGGGAGCCUGAAGAAAAUUACCCUUUCAGCUGAAGAACAAGGUGAAGUAAAAGACAAAAAACAGUUAUUUGAAAGCAGCAGCAUUCAAAAGAGCACUUCAUUAAAAGAACAAGUGAUUGAAAAAGGUGACGUGAAGGGAUUCAAAGAACUUUUUGAAAAAAUUCCUUUGAGCAAAAUUGCUCAUUCUGAGGAGGAGAUUACCGAGAACGAAAAGUCUAUUGCAGUUGGAAAUGUAAAAGGUAACAGAGAAAUGUUUGGAACAACUCCAUUAUAUGCAAUAAAAGACAGCUCUGGAAACCUUCAUAAGGUUACAACAGUCAGCCGAGAGGAAUUCACUAAAGGGAAAGUCAAAAACUAUAAGUGGAUGUUUGAGACGAAGCCGUUAGACCAACUGGCAGAAGGAAAAGCAAAUGUUGAGGUAAUCAAAGGCAUCACAAGACAGGAAGACAACACAGGUGAUGUCAAAACGGCAAAGUGGCUUUUUGAAACACAGACAAUUGAUGGGAUUCAUUCAAAGUUCAAUCAGACAAAGCAAAACUCUUCUUUGGAGGAGGAACCGCACAAAGGUGACGUGAAGACCUGUAAAUGGUUGUUUGAAACACAGCCAAUGGACAUUUUGUAUGACAAAUCGGAAAAAGCAAAAGAUAAAGAAGCCAUUGAAGAUACCAAUGUUAAGUCCAUUACAUGGCUUUUUGAGUCACAGCCUCUAGAUAGCAUCAAAGAUGGGGAAAAGUACAAUUUGAAGCUUUGUAGCACCAUACGAGAUUCAGUCCAAUCAGAGAUUGGUGUUCAAACUGUGAAACAUCUUUUUGAAACAGAGGCCUUGGACAGAAUAAGAAAGGAUACAAAUUCAGACCAAAAUCUGAGAUGUGUCAGCCAAGUGAACUUUCAGUCAGGGGAAGUUUCGCGAGUCAAAGAACUUUUUGAAUCCCAGUCUCUUGACGAAAUAGGAUCAGAAAUCGUGGCAGGAUCUGAUCAGCAGAACCAAGGCGAACAAAUCGAGAGAGGUUCUGUAAACAAAUUUACUUGGAUGUUUGAGAACUGCCCCAUGAGCCAGAUCAACAAGGACAACAAUGACACAAAUACACCAAAGGUUGAGAGCAUUGAAAGUGGUGAUGUCCAGAAGAAAAAGUUUAUAUUUGAAACAUCAUCACUGGAUAAAAUUCAUGAUGAACCCGUUGAGCAGAAUUGGGUCAAUGUGGAGCAGCCUGUGAGCAAUAUAGAUGUGAAGUCAAGCACUAUGAUGUUUGAGUCCCUGCCACUGUAUGCUAUCAAAGACAAAGAGGGCCAGUUUCAUGAAGUUACAACUCUAAAAAAGGAAGAGGUAAUGAGUGGUGACGUAAGAGGAGCAAGGUGGAUGUUUGAGACAAAACCACUCGAUGCCAUCAGGGCGGAGAACGAAGUUUAUGUCAUACGAGCUGUCACCCAGGAGGACGUCAAGAAAGGAGACGUUAAAUCAGCCAGGUGGAAAUUUGAGACACAACCUCUUGACUCCCUUACGAGUCGAGAUGAACUCUCAGUCAGGGUGAAUGAAGACUUUGGAAGCAGUAAUGUGCAGCUGAAUAAACAGUUAUUUGAAUCUGAGCAGCAGUGCAAGAAGUUUGUGAGAAUGGUUAGUGUCACUGAUGUGCAGCGUGGAGAUGUCAGGACCUCCACCUGGCUCUUUGAGAAUCAAACCAUUGACAGCCUGAAAGGGGAGCCUCAGGAGCAGGGUCCAGUAAAAACAGUCCACAGGGAAGAUAGCCAGAAGGGAGAUGUGAAACGCUGCACCUGGCUCUUUGAAUCGCAGCCCCUGGACAAAAUUAAGGAGCCAGAAGAAACCUCAGUGCAAAGUGCUAAAGAUAUCCCAAAAGCUGAUGUGAAGUGCACCACCUGGCUCUUUGAGACCACUCCACUAGACAAAAUCACCGCCAACAGUGUGGCUGAUACCCUUUCGUAUUUGAAUGAAAAUGCUUUUGUUCACUCAAGUGGCAUCAUAAUAGAAGCAGAUGGCAGCAGAAAUGUUAACAUGGCAAAAUAUAUGUUUGAAAACAAAGAAGGGGUGCAGAUUGAGAAAGAGGAUGUUGUUGAGGGUAACAUCAGGAACAUCAUGCUACAGCUCUUGGUCAGACCAACUCUCAAACCACAAGUAACUCUUCUGAGAGAAACUGAAAAAGGUAAAGUUAACACAACAGUAGUGGAGCUUCCAGUCUCCCAGGCGACCGGCACAGUCAACAUCGAACACGAUCAAAGAAUACAAAACAUUGCCCAGGUAAUUGAUGAGUUGCUCAUUCCACAAAAUAAUUUGAAAAAGGGAAUCAUAAUGCAAGAGACUGCGGCGGGACAAGCAGAGAUGUCCGUUUAUUCACUUCUCUGCAAUUACGAAAUCAAAACCGAGAGUCUGGUUACAGAGAGGGGGGAUGUUAAGUCUGCAAUUGGAAAUUUGUUAGCUACUGCCAGUAGUCAGAGGACAGCAGCGUCGUGCAGAGUGGACGAAACAGAGAAGGGAAAUGUGAAUUUGUACAAAAGCUGCAUUGAAAAGGGAGAUCUGCAUUACCUCAAAAGUCUUCACACCGAGGCAUCUGAAGAUGAAGCUGAUCAGAGCCUUCUGACUAAGGAACAGAUUGAAACAGUUCAGGGGGGUGUGAGGGAAGCAAAGAGAAGCCUCUAUCAGCAAAAAGAGCAGGCAGAACGAACAAUUUCUGAUGUUUUACCAGGGGACGUAAAGAACACCAAAAAGGUUUUUUCAUCAGAGUGCUCUGUUAGUGUUGACAGCUGUGUUCCAAAGGAGGAAAUUGUCCCUGGAGAUGUCAAGGCAACAAUGCAAUCAUUAGAACGUGCAAAGCAACAUAGCAUGUGUGUGGAGCGGGAGGUCAUUACACCUGGAACUAUUUAUGACAUGGACCUGUCAGCUCAAGGUCCUGAAAGUGAAGGAAACCAAGCACAAAAAGAAGUCAUUAUAUCUGGAGACAUAAAAGCAGCUAAAAGGUCUCUUGAAAUGGCAAAGCAGCAAAGCAUGCAAGUAGAGCGGGAAGUCAUCAUUCCUGGAAAAAUAUACAACCUGAAUAUGUCCGCACAAGAGGAAAGCUCAUCAACAGUGGCACAAUCAACAUGUUCGUCCUCCUCAAGAUGCCAGCAAAUCAGGACUUCUCCGAAGUAACCUGUGAAGGACAACCAUCUGUUACAACACAGAAUUCAGCUCCCAACCCUGUAGCAAAUGGAACCUCUAAAUCACCCCGCUCUGAAAGGCCAAGUCCACCUCCACUGCCUCAAAAGACUGAGAAACCACAG